AUGGCAAAUCGAAGCCACAUUUUGAUGGACUUCAAGGAUAUGGAUACUGUGACUCCUGAUGAGAUCCACAAUAGGCUCAAAGCCCAUCGCUACACUCUCCGCAAUUCAUCACUUGCACCGGAGGAAAAUGCGCCUCUUACCCAAGCGGAAAAAGACAUGUAUGAUCAACAUAAUCUUCCAGGGAACCCGCACCCUCUCAUGCUGCGUCUGCCUGCCGGGAUUCUAUUCAUCUUAGGCAUGUUGUUGUUUUUGGUCUUGAUGCCUAUCUUCCUCUUCCAGCCCAAAGUGAACAUCGUCACAGAAAAAGCGCCCUGGCUCCUAACCGGCAUAGCCGUCGCUAUCAAAAUAGCAUGGGGUACUCUCGAAACAGAUGUCCGCAUGAUCGAGCCCUUCUACAUCCUUUCCUUACGCCACGCCUCCCCAAAAGUCUUAACGCUAGACUACACAGCCAUGGCCUUUGGCUGGAUGCCGAUCCGCGCGCUGAUGAACGGCCAUUUCCUCGUCGCGCUCGUAGGACUAGGUUCCGUGCUAGCAGAAGUCCUGACGAUCUGCUGCACGUCUUUCGCUAACGUAUCCGGCAUCGAUUUUACAAAGACUCCCCCGCCAGCGCCCCAACGCCGAGGAGAAAACGCCAUCAAUGCCGGUGAGGAAACGUUCCGCUCCUUCUGGAUCUCAUUCGGGCUCGCAGUUUCUAUUCUCUUCUUCCUCUGCUUCGUUGCUACAUCGGUAUAUUCGCGUCGACGGCACGCGUUCUUGCCUCGGCAGCCGAGUACGAUUGCUUCUAUCUUGGCCUUUAUUCAUCAGAGUAAGAUGUUGUAUGAUUUCGUGGGCACGGAGGGCAUGGAUAAUGACAGUAUGGUUACGAGGCUCGUGGGCAUUGGGAAGAGUUAUGGACUGGGUUGGUUUACGGGACGAGAUGGAGAGAUGCAUUGCGGGGUCGAUGAGGAGGAGUUGGUGUCUGCUUAUAAGCAUGGGGAGGAUUCGAAGAAGGCGAAUAUGCCGUGGAAUAAGUCUCAGGCGGGUAUACAGAUUUGA